UGAGUUCCACGGAAAAGUCAGGAGCUGUCUAACCAAAGCGCGGAAAUGUUGAACAUUUUCUGUCACUCUAAGUGCAUGCCCUUCCAGCACUAACUCACUGGCUGCAGAGUGGUCAUAGCCUCUAAAGUUAUCACCCCACAGGCUAUAAACGCUGACCAGGCCUGCCCUACUUCUCGGGAUCGGAUAGUGAAGUUGUGGAUCGUGGUUAGGUACAGAGGAUUAUGACAAGCGUGUGUGGCUGACUGGACAAUGUCAGGGGUACGACGAUAGGACAGGGGAUGGUUUUAGACAGGCACGGGUGACCCCUGUCCAUACCUGACAUUCGGGAGAACCGCAAGUCAUGGGACGGGUUGGGCACUGGAUAUAGGUACAGUGUUGAACGUGGUAUUCCCUCACCCCACUCUCCCAACUUGCUAGCUACGCACCCUCGCCGUCCUCGCCAUUUGUUCUGCGGUAUUGCUAGACCUUGUACCUGUCUCACUGUCUAGUGCUUUUACGUGGAAUGGAACAGCAAAUUAAGUGACUUCGAUUUCCACUCUCUGUUUGAGAGACCACGGUGUUAUACUAACUUUACCCAAGAACUGAGAAUUGAACUGAAAUUUUCAAGAUGACCUCGGUCACGUGGUUUAAGCUGGUGACUGUAGCUGGGUUGCUCGUGGGGCAGAUUCUUUGUAAGCGACAGUACAUCGAGAUGACCCACGAAAUUCACGACCGAGUUGUUACCUACCCAGGCAUGCCCAAGUUUAACUUCACUAACCUGGAAAGGGGAGACAAACGCGGCUUCUGGGUAGAGUAUAAUAAAUUCCAGUUGUCCGAGCAUGCAGGGACCCACAUUGACGCCCCCAUACACUUCAAUCAGCAUGGUCGGUACCUACACGAGGUUCCUCUUGACAAUCUCGUAGGACCAGGUGUCAUUGUAGACAUCACUCAUCGAGCUAAAAGAGACCGGAGAGCCGAAGUCAACGUCGAAGACAUUCUCCGAUGGGAAGACACUCACGGGAAAAUCCCUAAAGGAUCAUUUGUCAUCAUGAAAUCUGGAUGGUUUCGGAAGUAUCCCGACACGACCCAAAUCUUUGGGGUCGACGUUAAUCGAUUUCCGUCCACGGACUUCCGUUUUCCGGGAAUUUCCCCUGCGGCUGCGCAGUGGCUGAUUGACCACAGAGAGAUCAAUGGCGUUGGAGGCGACACACCUUCCCCAGAUCGUGGAGGCGGGUCUCAUAUGCGAACACACCUAAUCAUCCUUGGCGCUAACAAAGUGAUCCUUGAGAACGUUGCGAACUUGGACAAAGUUCCACCGUCUGGUGCUACAAUAUAUGCACUGCCUAUAAACUUGCACCGUGGCAGCGGUGGGCCUCUCCGGAUCUUUGCUACCCUUAAUGACGGCGAGGACUUUGACUACAGUGGUUCAGGGCGCUCUCUCCCACUUACUGGAGCAACCCUCUUUUGCGUGUUGUUCGUGAAAUUAAUGUACUGAUUUAGAAUUUUCAGUCCACUGAACUCAUGCAUGGAUAGCCUUGGGUAAUAAGCUACCUGUAUCAUGCAGGCAUGCCUUCCACAUAGGUUUUAUGAUUGUUUUCUUGCGGAUUCAUACUGUGUAAUGGAUGUUUCUACCGUUUCCGGUUGCCUGCAGACCAAGCAUCCGAAUGUGAAAGUGAUUUCUUGCAUAUAGCUUCAAGAAAACCGAUGUAAAACGUGAAGAAAAAUGUAUAAAUAUGCAAACGUUUAUGUAUUAUUCUGUAUAGAUAUAUAUCCCGUGCAAGUGGCCCAAAAUAAGCCGAGUAAAACUGAACAUCAAGCGGAUACACAACAAAACACUCGAAUUAGAGACAUGGUGUUCCAUGGAUCAUCAUGUAAAUUUUGUUAUACAGCUUAAAAUACCAUCAAUUCGGCCUUGUGUAACAGCUACAAAGUUAAGCUACUUUGUUUUAUUGAGAAAAGCUCUUCAGCUCUUUUCCUGUGAUCUCUGGGCUGAAAAUAUGUUAAAGGCAUUACAAUGUUUUCUAACCAUUGUUUAUACACCGGUAUUGUCGUAGAUUGUAUAUAUAUUCCUAUACAGUAACGUUUGCCUUCUGUAAUAUUAUACAGAAAGUACAUCUAGUGAAUCCACAAGUGUAAUAUACCGAACAUUCACCAAGAGACCUACCUUAACUGUACGAUUCUGGAAAAUGAAGACAGGAAUCAAGGAUGUGAUAUAUUUCCUUAGUCAUAUCCGGGAAAAUGUAUACCUUUGUGUUUAAAAUUUAAAUGAACACACGUCAUCAUGGCACAAGAAUGUAGCUUGUUUGGUUCCGCAAAAGGCACGUUUUCUUGCAUGGGAUCAGGGGCUGGUAUGUUUUCUGGUUGCAAUA